AUGAGUGCGGGAGCGCGGGCGGCCGUGGAGGAGAUCGCUCUUACUCGAGGGCCCUCAGGUCUUGGCUUCAACAUAAUUGGCGGCACAGACCAGCAAUAUAUAGCUCACGACAGUGGUAUAUAUGUCAGCAGCAUAAAAGAAAAGGGUGCUGCGGCAGCGGAUGGACGGUUGCAAGAAGGAGAUCAGAUAUUGGAGGUCAAUGGUUUUAAGAUGGAGGACCUGCUGCACAAUGCUGCUGUGGAUCUCUUCAGGAAUGCUGGUGAAAAUGUCUUAUUGAAGGUUCGACACAAGGUCCUGAACCAGCAGAAUGGACCCUCGGGUAACAGAAGUGAGAGAGACUCGGAAGACUCCUCUCUAGCGAUGCUUGCCAUCCCAGUGUUAUUAUCAGUGGCAGUUGUCGCCAUUUUUGCAUUUGUUAAAUACCGCCAACGCAUGUAA